AUGGAGGUGGUUCGCGCAAAAAGGCAGUCGAUCCUUAUUGGACCGCGCUCUCUGGAAGUGUAUGGCGAAUUUCCUUCAGGACCUAAGUUUGUGUUGUGGGUAAUCAGCGUGUUUCGACGAUGGGGAUUUGUUAUCACUAACUACGCCUGGUUGGCCAUUGUGAUAUGUCUGACCCUGUCGGCAUUGUCAUUAGUGAAAGUUGUCCUCACUCCACAACAUAACGAGAUCACUGGCUACACACCGUACGGCGCACGUGCGAAAGAUGAAUUUCAGGAGUACCAGAACUUUUUUUCUUCCCAAGGUUUACCGGUAGCUCCAUACCUGUUCGUAGUAGCGAAGGACAACGGUAGUAUGAUUCGGCCGGAGUACAUUGACAACUGUGUUCAGAUUCUCAACUAUGCGAUGAACAACGUCACGAUGUUGAACCGAAUCACCAACAAAAGCGAGAGCUUCAUCCAAUUCUGCGACAGCUUUUGCCAAUUGAACGAACCUAUUCGGCAAUUCUAUGUGGAUCGCUGGCAUUGUGCCAUAGUGGGCUUCUCUAACUUCUUUACCUUUCAGCCGAACUUCUUCGGUGUGGAACUCUACAACGAAACAGAAGAUGAAGUCCCCCGUCUUCUGGACAGUUCAAAUAUCGUCGAUCUAGUGCUAAACGAAAGUGUCGUGAUACCGGAAUUGCCACGAGUGACGAACAUGAAGUCAGUGAAGAUGUUGGCCAUGCAAUUUCGAUCCAAACACAAGCCAGGGUGGUUAGAAAUGGAUGUGAAGAAUUGGGAGAUGAAGAUGGUCGACAUCUUCGAAAAGAAUUGGAAAUCAGAUCUGGUCAAGGUGUACUCGUAUUCACAGUCGUACAUAGAGGAGGAGAUGGUUCGUGGUGGAAUCAUCAUGCUUCCGUACCUUGUCGUCGGAUUCGCUAUCAUGUGUGCUUGUAGCGUCGCUUCGGUCAUGAUCAGAGCAUUGUACAUGCAUCAGGAGAAUUGGUAUAAGAUCGCGCUCGCCAUCAUGGCCUGCAUCACUCCACUGCUGGCUUGCUCGACUGCCCUCGCUCUGAUGUUCCUUUGCGGAGUUCGGUUCGCUUCCAUACUCUGCGUGAUUCCAUUCCUGGUGCUUUCCAUCGGUGUCGACUCGUCCUACCUAAUGAUCCACGAAUGGCAACGGGUCACGGAGCAUGUGAGAGAAACUCCUAAGAAAAAGGACAGUGUCGGGCAUCGAAUGAGCGAGGUGCUGUCUGAAGUUGGCCCUGCAAUUCUGAUAUCGUGCCUGACCAAUGUGUUUGCCGACGCCGUUGGAUCGUUCACGUCGUCUCCGGAAAUCACUCUGCUCUGCACUGGCAACAUGCUGUCGAUGUGUAUGGCAUUCGUCUAUCAGAUGACGUUUUACGCCGGUUUGAUGGCGAUUGUAGGGCGUUACGAGAUCAGCGAAGAAGUCGAUGAAAAAAACCGAAUGGCAAUCAGUAUCGCUGAAAAUCGUGUUAACAUCGCUAGGCAUCACCGUUCGAUUACCCGUCAACCGUCAAAGUUCCACCAAGCAACGAAGCCAGUGAUUAGUAAAUUCAUGAAGGACUACGUGACCGUCAUGACAACGCCUGUCGUCUACACUGCCAUUGUCGUCAUCUACGUCGCCUAUUUGGUGCUGAGUGUGUGGGGCCUUACGAUCAUUAACAUCAGUCUGACUGCCACGAAACUCUUCGCCACUGAUUCGCCGCUUUUAGAGCUCGACAAAUACCGUAUUACGUACCAAGUGCCCAGCUAUUCGAUGGCUACCGUAUUCGUGUCAAAGCCCGGCAAUCUCUCAGAGCCAAAACGGCUUCACCGCAUCAAUGCACUGGUUGAGGAUAUGGAAAAUCUGAAAGGAACGUGGGGAAAAAGCUGGGGACCGGUUGGCACGAAUUUCUUCAUGAGAGACUAUGCGAUUUUUCAUCAGAGUAUGACGGGCUCAUUGUUUUCCUUUCGCAUCUUAACAAUUGUGAAAGUGACGACUUUCAACGAUGACGAACUAAGAUACUUUUUGAAAUGGCCAGAAUACGAUUUCUGGGCAGGAUUUGUGAAGCUGAAAAAUGGAAGCGAUGGGCAAGAGCACCUGGAUCGCUUCUUCUUCACGACGAGCUACCACGGCCAGGCGCUGUCGGACUGGAAUGAACGUGGAAUGAUGCUGCACUCCUGGCGGAAGCUUGUCGACAACUACAGUGAGUUUGAGCCAUCGGUGUUUCAUGAAGAUGGAGUGUACUUGGAUUUGAUCGACAAUAUGGCGACGGACACGUGGCAGUCAGUUCUGGGCACUUUGGUCUGCAUGGCAUUCGUCUGUUUCAUUUUCCUCAACAAUCUCUUUACUGUUGCCAUCGCUAGUCUUUCAGUGCUAUCCAUAUGUGCAGGAAUUCUUGGCAUCUUAUCAUGGUGGGGAGUGGAUUUGGAUCCCAUAUCGAUGGCCGCUACCAUCAUCUCCAUUGGAUUCUCUGUCGACAUCCCAGCUCACGUCUCCUACCACUAUUAUCAAGCAUCUCUGCAAGAAGGUCCAAUGUCUCGGCCAGCCGAUCGGCUCACGAACUGCCUGUCGUCGGUGGCGUUCCCGGCACUACAGGCCGCUCUCAGCACUAUCCUCUGUGUUUGCAGCCUGCUCUUCGUUAAUUUGUACAUGGCAGGGGUGUUUGUUAAGACGAUGAUUCUAUGUGUUGUGCUAUGUAAUUUACAUGGUUUGGUAUUUAUUCCGGCGAUUUUAAUCAUGCUAGAUUCCGUCAGAUGGGCACUACGACCGAAAGGAGCAGCAGCUGAGAUAAAGCCAAUCCCAGGAAAGGCAUCCCGAACGAAGCAAAAAACUGCUAGAAUCGCGCCCGAGAAGAGCUUCGUCACCGACCGUCCAGAGGUCUGA